GGAGCUUGUAAAACACCCUGGAGAGAAAAUGGCGGCGGCAGCGGCUUCGUCGCCCCAGCAGCUCUCGGAUGAAGAGCUUUUCUCUCAGCUCCGCCGUUACGGCCUGUCUCCGGGUCCCGUGACGGAGAGCACCCGCCCGGUCUACCUCAAGAAGCUGAAGAAGCUUCGGGAGGAAGAGCAGCAGCAGCACCGCUCAGGGGGCCGCGGCAGCAAGACGCGGAACAGUAAUAACAAUAACACGGCUGCCGCCACGGUCGCGGCCGCUGGACCGGCGGCUGCGGCGGCGGCGGCGGCGGGGAUGGGGGUCCGGCCGGCGUCGGGCGACCUUGCCUUCCUGCGGACCCCAGGGGGCCUGAGCCGAGUCGCCGCCUCCGGGCCGGAGAGCCCCCCUGGAGGGCCCGGGGCCGCCGCGGCCGCCCCCGCGGCGGGCAGCAAAGUGCUGCUGGGCUUCAGCUCGGACGAGUCGGACGUGGAGGCCGGUCCCCGGGACCAGGCCGGCGGCGGCGGCAGGAAGGACCGGGCUGCGCUCCAGUACCGCGGGCUCAAAGCGCCGCCCGCGCCCCUGGUCGCCAGCGAGGUGACUAACAGUCACUCGGCCGAGCGGAGGAAGCCCCACUCGUGGUGGGGGGCCAGGAGAGCCGAGGGCGCCGAGCCGCAGACCCCAUCGGGGAAGGACGCGGCGGCGGAGGACGACGAGGAGGAGGGCGACGACGGGGAAGACGGGGACCCCGAGGCCGAGGAGCCGCUGUGGGCGAGCCGAGCAGUGAACGGCAGCCGGCUGCUCCCCUACAGCUGCCGGGAAGACUACUCGGACUCGGAGGAAGAGGACGACGACGACGUGGCCGCCGCCAGACAGGUAUUAAAGGACGACUGCGUUUCCCGGCAUCGGCCCAGACGCAGCCAUAGUAAGCCUCUCUCCCCGUUGACUGCUAAAUCUGCCGGCAGCCGGCUGGAGACCUCAGUUCAGGGAGGGGGAGGACUUGGGAUGAAUGACAGGGCGGCGGCUGCCGGGAGUCUAGACAGGAGCCGAAACCUCGAGGAGGCGGCGGCAGAGCAGGAAGGUGGGUGCGAUCAAGUGGACUCCAGCCCCGUUCCUAGAUACCGUGUUAGCUCUAAGAAACUGGCACCUCUCCUGCCCCCGCCACUUCCCGACGUGGACUCAACCUUGGAUACGUCUACAGGCUCCCUGCUUAAAACUAAUAAUCACAUCGGCGGCGGUGGGGCCUUCAGCUUGGACUCCCCCAGGAUUUAUUCCAACAGCCUCUCUCCCAGUACUGGAGCCGCCCCUAGUGCACUCAGGAUCAAUCAUGCCAACCACACGGGCUCCAAUCAUACCUACCUGAAAAACACAUACAGCCAACAGAAGCUUUCCGAGCCAGAGGAGGAGCUUCUCCAGCAGUUUAAACGCGAGGAGGUUUCCCUAUCUGGGAGUUUCAGUGCUCACUACUUGUCGAUGUUUCUCCUAACUGCUGCCUGCUUGUUUUUCCUAAUACUGGGACUGACUUACCUAGGAAUGAGAGGGACAGGAGUAUCCGAGGAUGGAGAACUCCUAAAAAACCCAUUUGAUGAAACAUUUGGAAAAAUACAAGAAAGUGAGAAGAACCUUAUGAUGAGCACAUUAUAUAAACUUCAUGAUCGAUUGGCACAGCUUGCAGGAGAUCAUGAAUGUGGCAGUUCUAGUCAAAGAACACUUUCUGUUCAAGAGGCAGCUGCAUAUUUAAAAGGUUUAGGUCCUGAAUAUGAAGAUGUAUUUAACACCUCAUUGCAGUGGAUUUUAGAAAAUGGGAAAAAUGUUGGAAUAAGGUGUGUUGGUUAUGGCUCUCAGGAAGAAUUGAGAAAUAUAACUGAUGUGCAGUUUUUACAGUCCACAAGACCACAGAUGUCUUUUUGGUGUCGUUUCCGACGUGCUUUUAUUACUGUGACCCACAGAUUAUUGUUGUUAUGCUUAGGUGUAGUGAUGGUUUGUGUUGUUCUGCGUUACAUGAAAUAUCGUUGGACAAAAGAAGAGGAGGAAACAAGGCAGAUGUAUGAUAUGGUAGUAAAGAUUAUAGAUGUUUUACGAAGUCAUAAUGAAGCUUGCCAGGAAAAUAAAGAUGUACAACCUUAUAUGCCUAUUCCACAUGUGCGAGACUCCUUAAUACAGCCUCGUGACAGGAAAAAAAUGAAGAAAGUCUGGGAUAGAGCUGUUGACUUCCUUGCUGCCAACGAGUCUAGAGUUCGCACGGAAACACGAAGAAUAGGUGGUGCAGAUUUUCUAGUUUGGAGGUGGAUCCAGCCCUCUGCAUCCUGUGAUAAAAUAUUAGUAAUACCAUCUAAAGUAUGGCAAGGCCAAGCAUUUCAUUUAGAUAGAAGAAAUUCACCACCAAAUAGUUUGACUCCAUGUUUAAAGAUUCGAAAUAUGUUUGAUCCAGUUAUGGAAAUAGGAGAUCAGUGGCAUUUGGCAAUUCAAGAAGCAAUUUUAGAAAAAUGCAGUGAUAAUGAUGGCAUUGUUCACAUUGCAGUGGACAAAAAUUCACGUGAGGGUUGUGUGUAUGUUAAAUGUCUGUCUCCAGAAUAUGCUGGAAAGGCUUUUAAGGCUUUACAUGGCUCUUGGUUUGAUGGGAAAUUGGUUACAGUAAAAUAUUUACGACUAGAUAGAUAUCACCAUCGCUUUCCCCAAGCUCUUACUUGCAACACUCCCUUGAAGCCAUCAAAUAAACAUAUGAACUCUAUGUCUCAUCUUCGCCUUCGGACUGGCCUAGCCAAUUCUCAAGGAAGUUCCUGAAAAGAUACUCUUCACUCCUAGGACUGUUAUUUACAAUAGGAAAAUUCCUGUUUGGCUUCUUGUCUUCCUUUCUAAAUGCUUUUUGUACAUAAUAUUUUUAUUGCUGAAUGCAGCUCUGUUUGAGAGUUCCAGAAAUCUUAAGGUUCCAAAGGGAUUUAACAAUGAGGCAGCAAUACUAAGUAGGUAGAAUAAUUAUUUCAUUCAGAUUUUGGAGCUCAGUUGGCCAGUGCAUUUACAAUUUUGCAUGAGGAACACUGACUUUAUACACAUUUUCAGAUAUGGUGGUUAUAUUUUUGCACCAAAAAGUGCUUGGAUAACCACACAAAAGCAUGGUGAAGAGACUUCUUGUAUUUCCAUAAUUUCUUGUGAGCUAAUGUGAAUUUUUAUAUACAGUCAUCUGCAUAGUUCCUUACAGGCUAAUGUGGUAAUACUGUUAAUUGCCAAUUUAACCUUAAGUUUCUGUUGCUUGUAAGAGAUUGAUUUGCUACAGCUGGAAUAUGGGAAAAUGUAUUUGGUUUUAAUGGUUACAUCAUAUAUGUGUAAGUGGAUGUACAUGUACUUAAACUGGCUUUUGUAUAUAUGUAUACAUGCUGGUUGUGGUGAAAGUAGUCUUGUUUUGUGAGGAUGUCUGCAUAAGCAGUAAAAUAAGCUUUCUAUUUUAUUCAUAAUUUGUAUAUGUACGUAUGUGUGUAUAUAUAUGAAUAUAUGUAUAUAUGUGUAUACACACAUAUAUAUACACACAUAUACAUAUGGCUGUACUAUUACUAGAUUAAACAGCUGAACACCUGGAAGUAUUAGAUAAAAGCUUAAAGUAUCUUUUAUAGAUUUUUAUAUUAAAACAUCUGAGUAUGAUUUUGUGUGAAAGUUCUGACACCAGUUGUAGAUUCAAAUUUAUGUGAGCAAUAAAGAAACAAUUGGCAGAUAUUGGAAAA